UUGUUCUUUGUCAGUUCCUCUAUUUCUCUCCUCAACCAUUUGACUUCUAACAUCUAUAAACACAACAAUCUCUUCUUCAUCUUCAUCUGGCCUUUGAGCUUUCACAAGCCUCUGAGAGAUCACUGCAAACAUGGAGGACACUAAGAAGUACUCCAAAUCUGAGAUCUCUCUCCACUCCUCCAAGAAAGACUGUUGGUUGGUCAUUCAUGGAAAGGUUUAUGAUGUGACCAAGUUCUUAGAUGAUCAUCCUGGUGGUGAUGAUGUUCUCAUUCAUGCUUCAGCAUCUGGAGAUGCUACCCAGUCAUUUGAGGACAUAGGACAUAGCUCUAUAGCCACUACUAUGAGGGAGAGAUUCCUGGUUGGUGUUGUUGAAGGAUAUGAGCCUGGAGAAGAUGCGAAGAAGGAUCGGGAGCCGGGAAGAGCUAGGGUAUUGCAGGAGAGGACUGGCCCUUCUUCAAGACUGACAGACUAUUUGUGGCCUUUGCUUAUCCUUGCUCUGGCCUUUGGUGCUUGGUUUUACAGCAAUUAUUACAGUGAUGAGGCUUAGAACAAAUUAGUAUGUGUUUCUGUUGAGUGUUUUUCUAUGCAUUGUUUGGUUUGGACAUGGGGAAUAAUUUUGUGCUUUGAUAGCAUUAGAUCCAAAUUGACUUUACUUUGUAUCACCUGAAGUAAUCAUGAUGCUGUGUAUUAUUUGGAGUUGAACAUGCUAUUGAAUAAUUUCUUAUAAAAAAAAAUGUUGCUUGUCCUCUGAA